AUGGAUCCCAGCCAAGGGAAAGGAAAGAGGAAAGCUCUGCUGGCGUCGGCCCCUCCCUCCUCGCCGCCGUCGUGGGUUAUUCUGGGCAGCAUCGCGCGCGUUUGCGCCGCGGACGCCGACCUCCCGCCGGGCGCCGACCUCUCCCUCGCGCUGGCGCCGUCCCCGCGCGUCUCGCUCCUCACCGUCCCGCCGCGCCUCUUCCCGGACGCCCCCACAGCCCGCAACUUCCCCGCCGUCCUCGCCGCCGACCCCUCCGGCCUCCUCCUCCACGCCAACCAGGUCCGCGCCACGGGGCCCCUGGUCACCCCGCCUCCUCCCUCCACGUUCGCCAUCCCCGAGCCCAAGCUCAUCUCGGAGCGGGCCUUCCUGAGCCUCCUCCUCCACCCCGGCGGCGGCCACCGCUACGUGGUCGCCGAGCUCCGGCUAGUCGUCGGCCGCGACCACACCUACCUCUACUGCUUCUGCUCCGACGUCAGCGAGUGGGUGGAGAAGGUGGUCCCGAGGACGAUCCCACACCGGCUGUGGGUCCCCGAUGCCGUGAUCGCGCACCACGGGAGGCUCUGGUGGGCCGACCUCUCCUUCGGCCUCGUCACCUGCGACCCCUUCGCCGACGCGCCGGUCCUGGCGUUCGUCCCGCUCCCUCCGGGCAAGGCGCUCGGCUACGGGGAGGCUGCGCGAGUGCUCGACAGGUACCGCGUCGUGGGGCUUAGCGCCGGAAAGCUGCGCUUCGUCGACAUGUACAGGAACCGUGAUCCCCGCGGCGCUCUCCAGGUCGGCGUGUGGACGCAGCCCGAUCCCGACGCCACGGAGUGGACGCUCGAGCACCAGGUCAGCCUCCCCGACAUCUGGGCCGAUCGGAGCUACAAGGCCGCGGGUCUGCCUAUGAAGAUCCCCGUGCUUGCGCUCAUCCACCCCAAGGACCCCGCCGUCGUCUACUUCUUCCUCAAGGACCACCUCUUCGGCGUCGACUUGCGCUCCCGCAGCGUCGUCGAGUGCGAGGUUUACGAGCUGGUCGCGCCGGACAGGAACCUCGUGGCCACCCGCUUCGUUCACGCUUGGGAGCUGCCGCCCUCUCUCUCCUCUUCCUCUGGUAAGACAAAACCCUUGUAUUGCACACCUCCUGACCUCCUGUCUUCUCUGAUCUGUAUCCAAUUCACCCCACUAUCUGACGUCUGUUGUUGAGGUCAUUAUCUUUGCUCGUAGUAUGACUGUAUGAUCGUUGAACGAUUUUUUGCACGUUAUUGUCGAUUGCAAUCAUGUUACUAGUAAAUUUGUGCAUAUAUGCACAUUAGCUUAUAUGAUACUAUUAUAAAUUGCUUUCUGUGAAUAAAACUGUACAGUUCAAUUGAGCUUAACACAUUGCUUACUUGGUAGUUGCUAGUAGAGCAGUCCAUGUGCACUUUUUUCUACGUACUAAAUGACUCCAGCAUGUUCUUUUCACACUGCCUAUUUUACCUGGCUUGAUCACCUAAUGGCAUGCUCUGGUUUCAUGGUUUGUUCUGCUUUGGAGAAGUGGCAGAAACAUAUGCAUGUUUCUUUUAUUUUGGCAUGGGACACGUUAUUCUUGUUUGAGUUAUCAAAUGGGGCCUGACAAGGGAUAUAGUAUAUGCUAAUGCAAUAAUAUGUCCAGUAGAUAACAAUGAGAGACGCUUAAAGUAUAUCAUAGGAAGAUAACUGCCACUGGUAAUAUUGUGCCUACUGUUUAUAAUGUUAAUGCAUAUCAUAAACAUUUACCUCUUCUUCAUCAUCUUAUAAACUUCAGUGAUGUGACUACAGGUGAUUUAUUACUACUUGAUUACUAAUUUCUUUCUCUCGCAUGCUCCUUACACUGUACAGACCGCUAUUUCUUCUUUUUCUCUUUUGCAAGUAUAGAUUUGUUCCAGGCAGGAUCAAUUUUUGUCCUCGCUGCUUCUCCAACCAAAUUUGCAAGUAUAGAUUUAGCAUCAAGUAACCGUC